AUGGAUGACGAUCAAGCCCCGAAGGACGGGCCAUUCGCCUCUGAACCCGAUAUGGCAACAUUUCCAGAAGAUGAGAUUGACUUGCUGGACGCCCCGUUAGAUACAGCAGAAAUGGGUGAAAUCCCUGUAUGGAACCAUUCCAGAAGGAGUAAUGGGCCUCCUCGAUUUGCGUCAUCCCACCUCAUGGAAGCACCGGAAGAUGACGAUGAUGACUGGUCUGGCCCACGCCUCCCCAGUCACUCUUUGAUUGAUUCCAAACUCAUGGAGGACCCAACCAAUUACAAGUCAGUUCAGAUUGAGCUACAAGAUGCAGUAGAGGGUGUCGAUGAAGCAGACUCCAACAGUGAGUCUGCUGGUUCUAUUGAUCCUGACAAACUUGAGCAACAAAUUCGUGACGGCUUCAUCAAGAGUGCAUUGACUGAACUUGCAAUGCUAAAUCUAUAUGAUCUCUGCUGGUGGCUAUUCAAGUGGCCCCGACUUAUCAUCAGCUAUCUCUUAGGUGCAUUGGGGUGUAAGCGAUGGUUUGGCUUGGAUGAGCCAGACGAAGAAAAGAAGGACUAUCCAACAGUCUAUAAAGAGAUGUCAGUGGAAGCCACCAAGGCAGCCAAUGCAAAUGUUGCUGCUGGGCCUCAAGCAAUGCAGGCAGCUCCAACAGCCCAACGAUCAACACUCGCUGCUACAACAACUGCGGCUGUGGCCGCUGGCAUCGCUAUUACUGCUGCGGUGAUGACCACUCGGACUCCCGGUGCAGCCCCACCAGCUGACAGCUACUCCAGACCUCUUUGUAAUAGCUCCUCGGCUGAUGAUUAUGUGGUCAAGAUGGGCAUCACGCGUCUAGUUGUGCAGAAUGUUACUCCCGAGGAGGUCAAUGCCAACAAAGACAACCUGGAAGAAGCAUUCCGCGACAUCUUCAAAAACCAGACUGAUGCCUGUGCUGAUGAAUAUGAGCGCUUCAUGCUGGGGAAUGAACUUGUCCAGGUUGAGAAUAUCACAGCUGGAGACACCCCUUUGACACUCACAGUCUGGGAAUCCAAUGUUAGCUGUAUCGGAUGCCCAGACAUCAAUCCCCUAUUUGAUGAGGGCCCAAGUCCAGGUGCUCCAGAAGAGUCAGCAAAUGAUAUAGACAUCAAUGAAAGGUUCGAUGAUUUUGUUACUCGCAUGUCGCCGGAGAUUGCUGCUACCAUCGAUGACACUACUAAGAAAGCUGACGGCCCUACCCUAACCCAACCACAACCAUCCACGCCCAAGACACGGAAUACCCCCAUUGUGUAUAUUGAUGCUGUGGAUCCAAACAACCCAGAUGUGAUUAUUGAAAGCCAGGGAACCAUGCCAGAGAAGAUGGAGGUUCCCAACAAGGAGAUUCCUCCCGUUACAAGCAGUCUUCCAGAAAACAGUGAUAGAGGCGAUGAAACAGCACCGAAUGACCAGGAACCCCCCGUUGCCACACCAGAGGACCAGCCGACUGCUACAACAUCAAACAAUCAGGCCCCGUCCACUCCAAACCUGAUUAAUAACGAAGACAACCUGGCACCUUCAGCCAAAGACAGGGGCAUCAAUCAGGCCCCAUCAGCCUCAAAUGGAAACAACAAAAACAACCCAGGCAGUACACCCACCACCAGCAACAACCCUGACAACCAGGCUCCAUCCGCCACAAACGGCAGUACUAUAGAGGCGCCCUCCAUCACCAAUGAUACCGGUAUCAACAAAGCUCCAUCAACCACAAGUACCAACAGUCAAGCCCCUGCUGCCCAAAACAAUCCAUUACCAACAGAUUCCAGCGGGUCCACCGCUGCUUUCCCCAGUAAUCCUGAUCCUCCAAGUGCUACAGGGAAUACUCCUGCGGGAGCUACCAAUGCAGCACCAAGUGUUAGUCUUGGGGGGCCUGGUAACAACAACCAAAGACCCACAGUUCAAUCUGGAUUUGGUAGUCCUCAUGGUCCAGAAACCCCACCCAAUGUUGCUGCUGCCAUUCCAACAACAGAAGGACGCCCAAGUGGAUCUACUGGACCUGUUGCCGCAACGAGCCCUCAUAGUGUUCCUCGUGAGGGCCCACCCACCAGUUCUACUGCCUUCAACUAUUGA